GUAGCCUUCGGCACGGCGUCACCUUCAUUUACACCCAAAAUGGCAGCCACUGGAGAAUCUCUGAAUUUGGAGCGAGAUGUGAGACGUGCUGUGGAAUUAUUAGAAAAUCUCCAAAAAAGUGGCCAAGUACCAUCUCAGAAGUUAGCUGCUCUCCAGAAAGUACUCCAAAGUGAAUUCUUUACUGCUGUAUGUGAGGUUUAUGAGCAUGUCCACGAAACUGUGGAUAUUUCAGGGAGUCAAGAAAUCAGAGCCAAUGCCACUGCCAAGGCAACUGUUGCUGCAUUUGCUGCCAGUGAGGGCCAUGCUCAUCCCCGUGUUGUAGAACUUCCCAAAACUGAUGAAGGCUUAGGAUUCAAUGUGAUGGGUGGAAAAGAACAGAACUCUCCAAUCUAUAUAUCCCGUAUCAUACCAGGUGGUGUAGCUGAUAGGCAUGGGGGUCUGAAACGUGGAGACCAGUUGCUUUCAGUAAAUGGAGUGUCUGUUGAAGGUGAACACCAUGAAAAAGCUGUUGACUUAUUAAAGGCAGCCCAAGGUACUGUCAAAUUGGUUGUACGCUAUACACCAAAAGUACUUGAAGAAAUGGAAGCUAGAUUUGAUAAACAACGAAUGGCACGUAGACGUCAACAACAACAGUAGAACAAUGGUGAUUGGUUGGAAAUCAGUACUAGAGAUAGACUUGUAUUUCUGUCACUUAUUUCUACAUGUAUCUACUGGCACCGUACUCCAAGAGAUCCCAACCCACAUGGUCUCAGACUGUCAUUUAUUACGCUGUCGUUCAGUUGAUUUCUAAGUGGUUGUUAUUGCUGCCAUUUCAACAUCUCCAGUCCUUGUGGACAUCACAGACUAUAGUCUUGAGUACAUUUCUCACCUGUAUAACAUCACUUCCUUACUGGGAAUAAUAUUAAACUUUUUAAAACAAAUAACACCUUAUAUUUAUAUUAGUCUAACGUGAUUGGUGGAAGACUUUAAUCUUUUAGUUCAGUUCUUAAUAUUGGUGUUCUCUUUGGUUGAUUCUGUUUACAAGGGUUGUUGAAUAAUUUGUAUAGCUGGAGGGGGUAGCAAAAAGUAGUUUAUAUAUGUAUUUGCCAAUGUAUUACCAGCAUAAUUUUACAAGUAUUUUACAUAUUCUGAUUUCUUUCUUUAUUAUCUUUCAAUGGGUUGUAAACAUUAGAUUCCUCUUUUCUCCUGAUUAUUUGAAAACCAGUAUGAAUUUUUUACCCUAACAAUUUUUUUCAAAUGUUGCCACUUCAGAUACACAAAGAUAUGCAAAUAUAAAGUUUUGCUUGAGCUGAAAAUAAACUUUGGUGUAUCUCUGUGAUCCUGGUCCCAUGAAUGCAACAGAAAUGCUGUAAUGUAUGUAUGUAUUCAAAAUUGAUCAUGAUGACUUGAGAUUUAAGCAAGGAAUAUUUGUAAUGACCAAAUUGUAGAACACAGAUUUUAUUUGUAAUCCUUUGUAAAAUUGAAUAAAAUGGCUAACCAUAUUUGUUGUCUUGAAAGACAA